GAUCAAGUUCAUAAAGCUAUUAGCCUCUCUCUCUCUCUCUCUCUCUCUCUCUCUUUCUCUCUUUAGCUCUCUCACACAUGACAUUUGGAAAACAGAUGGGAAAAUCUUCAAGCUCGGAGGAAAGUGAAGUGAAGAAAGGGCCAUGGACUCCAGAGGAAGACGAGAAGCUCGUUGGCUAUAUUCAAAUGCACGGUCCCGGAAAAUGGCGAACCCUUCCCAAGAACGCUGGGUUAAGAAGAUGCGGGAAGAGUUGUAGAUUGCGAUGGACGAAUUAUCUAAGGCCCGAUAUCAAGAGGGGAGAGUUCUCUCUUCAAGAGGAAGAAACCAUCAUUCAACUCCAUCGUCUUCUUGGAAACAAAUGGUCUGCCAUUGCUAUUCACUUACCGGGAAGAACAGAUAACGAAAUCAAAAACUAUUGGAACACACAUAUAAAAAAGAAACUCUUACGAAUGGGGAUUGAUCCGGUGACUCAUUGUCCCCGAAUCAAUCUUCACCAGCUCUCUUCGUUUCUCACCUCAUCACUGUUCAAAUCUAUAUCACAACCGAUGAGUACUCCAUUUGACCUCACUACUUCAAAUAUUAAUCCGAAUAUCUUGAAUCACCUCACUUCCUCUCUCAACAACGUUCAGACCGAAUCAUACCAACAUCACCAACCAAACCAACAGCUUCAAAACGACCUAAACACUGAUCAAACCACUUUCAUCGGUUUGCUCAACUCAACAGCACCAGUUCAAUGGCAAAACAAUGGAGAGUACUUGGGAGACUAUCUCAGUUAUACCGGUUCAGGUGAUCCAUCUAGUAACCAAGUCCCUCAACUCGGAAACCACUCAGCGGCCGCAUUUGUAUCCGACCAAAUUAACGACGGUGAGACUUUUAAGGACGGAUGGAAUUUUAGUUCAUCAAUGCUUCUGGGAACUUCGUCGAGUAGCUCGACACCAUUGAAUUCGUCUUCGACUUUUCAUGUCAAUGGUGGAAGCGAAGACGAUAGAGAGAGUUACGGUAGCGACAUGUUGAUGUUUCAUCAGCAUCAUGAUCAUAAUAAUAAUGCUUUGAAUCUAUCAUAGUGUUUUAUUUCUUGAUCUUAUUUGGUUUAUUUUUAUUUUUGUGGGUUUGUAAUUGUGUUACAUGUACUUUUGUACUUUUAAGAGCUUAGUCUAUUAUUAUUGUGAUGUGUUAAUGUUU